CGGCCUCCACCGAGCCCGCCCGGGAUCGCGGCCGCGUGUGCCGCAACGUGCCGAGCGCCGCAUGCACCAGACGUUUCCUCCCACCCACACACCCACACACGCACACCCAUUCGAUCUCUCCGCCCCUCGAAAUCCCCUCCCGGCCGCGUUCCAUGGCCGCGCGCCCCGCCUCCUCCGCCCAGGCACUCUGGUGACCGACGCCGCACGGACCGCGACCGCGACCGCGACACCCGCCGCCGGCCUCUCUGGUCUUAAAAACAAUCAGAGAUGGGCGUAAUCAGCACGGUGCUUGGUCUCUUUGGAUUUGGCUUUGGAUUCUCUUCUGGUAUUGUUAUCGGUUACUAUUUCUUCAUCUACUUCCAGCCAACGAAUGUCAAGGACGUCGAAGUUCGCCCACUUGUGGAAUAUGACUCAAAUUCUUUGGACGGAAUCCUUCCUGAAAUUCCUAUGUGGGUCAAGAAUCCCGACUAUGAUAGAGUUGAUUGGCUCAACAGGUUUCUGGAAUUGAUGUGGCCCAAUCUUAACAAGGCUAUCUGCAGAAUGGCGCAGGAUAUUGCAAAGCCAAUUAUUGCUGAGAACUGUGAGAAGUACAAGAUAGAUUCAGUUGAGUUUGAAACACUUACUCUGGGUAGUUUACCACCCACCUUUCAAGGAAUGAAAGUCUAUAUCACCGAUGAGAAAGAGUUGAUAAUGGAACCAUCUCUAAAGUGGGCUGCAAAUCCCAAUAUCACUGUUGUUGCGAAGGCCUAUGGGUUGAAAGCAACUGUCCAGAUUGUGGAUCUGCAAGUCUUUGCAUCGCCUCGUAUUACUCUGAAGCCGUUGGUGCCUACAUUUCCUUGCUUCGCUAAUAUCAGUGUUUCUCUCAUGGAGAAGCCACAUGUUGAUUUCGGGCUCAAACUAUUCGGAGCAGAUUUAAUGGCUAUUCCUGUUCUUUACAAAUUCGUUCAGGACACCAUUAAGAAGCAAGUUGGGAACAUGUAUCUGUGGCCAAAGACACUAGAAGUCCCUAUAAUGGAUCCCUCAAAAGCAUCAAAGAGGCCUGUUGGAAUUCUACUUGUGAAGGUUGUAAGAGCUCAAAAUCUGAAAAAGAAGGAUCUGCUGGGUAAAUCAGAUCCAUACGCGAAACUUAAGAUGACAGACGACAAGCUUCCAUCCAAGAAAACAUCAGUAAAGCGCAGCAAUCUCAAUCCAGAGUGGAAUGAAGAUUUCAAAUUUGUCGUGACAGAUCCAGAAAACCAGUCGCUGGAAGUUGAUGUCUUCGACUGGGAACAGGUUGGGAAACAUGAAAAGAUGGGCAUGAACAUGGUUCUGUUGAAAGAACUUCCCCCAGAGGAGACUAAAGUGUUGACUCUUAACUUGCUGAAGACCAUGGAUCCAAAUGAUAUACAAAAUGAGAAAUCUCGUGGUCAGAUUAUUUUGGAGGCGACAUAUAAGCCUUUCAAGGAAGAAGAUAUGGAGAAAGAAAGCGUGGAUGGUGUUGAUGAAGUGCAGAAAGCUCCAGACAAUACUCCAGCUGGUGGUGGGCUGCUUUUUGUUGUUGUUCACGAAGCUCAAGAUCUUGAAGGGAAGCAUCACACAAACCCAUACGCAAAGAUAAUCUUUAAAGGAGAAGAGAAGAAAACAAAGGUGAUCAAGAAGAACAGGGAUCCACGAUGGGAGGAUGAGUUUGAGUUUGUUUGUGAGGAACCACCUACAAAUGAUAAAUUGCAUGUUGAAGUCCUAAGUAAAGCUGGAAAGAAAGGAAUAUUGCAUGGCAAGGAAGCCUUGGGCUACAUUGAUAUAUCCCUGGCAGACGUGAUCAGCAACAAGCGGAUCAACGAGAAGUUCCAUCUCAUUGACUCGAAAAAUGGGCAGAUUCAAAUCGAGUUGCAGUGGAGAACUUCAUAGAAGCUGUGAGCAAGGUGCCAAAAUGCUGUGGCAUCACAAGGUACAGGAGGGUUCAUGCCAUGAAGCAGAUUGCGAAUACCUGUAAUGGACUCCAUGUAGAUAUUGCUUCGUCUCUAGAACAUCUGCUUGAUCUUUGUCGAGAUUUUCUGUCAAUUAUUCGAAUUUUUCUUCAAAACAACGCAGGCUUGUUAAUCUACAGCAGAAAACGGAAUUAUGACUUUGUGGUGACAGGUUUCUAGCCCUUGCAGAUACGCUUAUCGUUUGAACAGAUUAAAAGUUUAUUUGUUCUGUUUUA